AUGACCUUCGGCUCGGCACAGAUCUUAGCAUACUUGAAGAUGCGCAAGACCAAACCGACCAAGAAGUCGACCGAGAAAUCCACCACCACCACACCCUCCGAAAAACCCGAAGUCCCAGAAACCCAACAGAACUUCGUACGUGUCUACCCUUCCUCAGCACCACCCCGGUAUACUAACCGUCCCAUCGGCUCCUCCAGGUUCCGGGAAAGGCUCAGCUUGGAUAUGACGGCUCCGAAGAACUCUGCUGAGCAAGAGCAACCGCGACGCUUGAUGGAAAGUAUGGCUAUGGUGCCUGAGACCACUGUGGAGGAGCAUAGGCGAGAUGAUCGCCAGGCUUGUGUACCCCAGGUCAAGGAAGUCGUCUCCAGUGUGUCCAAUCUCAUCAAGAGUGCUGUGGAGGUUGUUAGGCUGCGUUCACGGACGCCUUCGCCUUCGCCAUCAUCGAUUGGUGACUCUGUCAGCGACGAAGAGCCUUUUUCUGUACUUGCCAAACUGGCUGGGAUGGACAAGCGGUCGAUGCCGCGGCCGCCUCCUCCGGCUGCGGUAUAUCUUCAACGCUCCAACGCUGUUCGGUACCGGAAUCGUCCACGGCCGCAGUCGCGGGAUCAGCAAGAUGAUAUGCUUUGUUAUCACCCUGGUGGUGAGGCAGAUGCGUAUUACUUGCAAGAUGGCGGAUACGGAUACGGGAGACCUGGACGCCAUUCACAUUCCGUACCCCCGAACCUUGCUACAAACACCGAUUCACAGCAAUGGGAAGGUGCGAGCGUCAAAGGUAGCCCGCAGUACCAUUCUUACGCCGACAUGGUAGACUCUGGAUCCCAUCCGCGUCUGCGUGUCAUGAAUCGUAGUAGCACAGAUUCUUCUCCACAGUCGUCGCUAUCAUCAAGCGAAGGGUCCUUUGCUAACGAGGACACGAACUUCCGCGCACAGCUCGCAGCUUCAGCAUCAUUGUGCUACCGGACUGAUAUUGAUAUUCCAGACGACGCCUCGGUUUCAUCAUCAUCGUCGUGGCCGGACUACCCGGAAUAUCACGUCGAUGGACAAGACGACGUACAAGAAGACAUGUCAGAAGCAUUCCGAGCAGCUCGGCGUUUCUUUUCAGAUGAAUGGUCAGUCGAAGAGGCUGUUCCGGCGAAAUCUCGUUUUUCGCUUUGCUCAUCCUCGGACAGUGUACCAGAAGCGGUUUCAGCAUCUCGACGUUUCUCCCUUGAAAGCUCCUUGAUUGAAGAGCCAGUGCCAGCUGAGUCCCGUUUUCUCUUGUCCACCGUCUCGGACAGCGGUUCCGGAGACCUUGGGGUUGAGCGUUGGUGGGCUACUAAUACGCGUCACGUCGAUGACAACAGCUCGGCAGACGCUGAUGACGAAGGAGAUGAAGAAAACAAUUCGUCUUUUCCGUACUAUGGUAGCGAUGGAACUUCAGAGAGUAACCUUACAGAUGACGAUAUGGCUUUCUACGAAGGACUCUACGAGCAACCAGAUCCAGAGAACGACACCGGACCGAUCGAUCAAUCGCAGUUCGCAGACUUCGACGGAGAUUUCACGGGCACUCCUUCGCUUACCAACGAUACCUCGCCGGAGAACUCCUCCAGGAGUGAGUCUGGUAGCGGAAGGGUGUUGAGGGUUGUUAACCAGACUUCCCCUCAAGAUGGCGCCGGGUCCGAAAACGACGACUGCUCGAGUGACAGCGAAUCCAAUGACGAACUUCCGCAACGUGGUCGAAGUAGAACUAGAAGGGGCCAAUAG